UAUAAGAGGUGAUGAUACGAGCUAUCCGAUCGGCCGAAGUGUGCCAGAGUGUGAGCUCGGUAAGCUUCGCGCUUUUUGUGAGUCGGAUCCUCGGACAGUUGUCCGACGAAUUCCGACCGGAGCGGGUGUUUAACCGGACGGAUAGUUUUGUAAGAGAUGCGCCUCUUACAACGCGGGAAAUUGCCAUAUAAAUGUAGGCCGUUUGCUUACAUUUAAUCAGAAGUGGGAUCUUUGCCCUAAAUGUCCGCAAUUUAAGGGAAAAGAUCGCGAAAAGGGCGCAGAAAGUAUUGCGCAAUAAGUGACGCGUGUGUCGCGAGUGUUUGUGUAAGUGAGCAUGCCGGGAAGGAGCUUUUCUCGGGCGUUCUCUGCCAAGUCAUCGAGGGAAGAUGCCUUGGGGAUUCCACUCUGAUGGCCAGGAAGUCGGCAACAUGAGGAACCUGGACGUGAGCAUCCGGAGUGGACGACAUGUUGUCUGGAGAUCGAGAGAAGAAAAAUGGAGUCUCCAUACAAGAGUGUGUGAAGAGCGGCUUCGAUCACUUACACAGACGACCACGAAAGCUAAGUAAAAUGCGCGAGCCGCUUCUCGCUCCUGUGGGAGGGGAAAGUGUGUCGCGCAGAGCGCCCUGUGUAUGUGCGAAUGUGUGUGUGAGUGGAGAGCUCUCAUUUGGGGUGGCGUGAUUUGCAUUUUCAUUGUGUUGAAUUGCUAACUGCCCUCUCUUGCAGCAUAUGCAUUGCGUGCAUACAAUUGACAGAUUCUCCUUCGCAGCCAUUUUGGUGACGCAAUACUCUCUGUGAAGAAGUGAAAUUUUCAUGUCCGCAUAAAAGUUGAUUAAACCAUUAUUCCUUGUUGUAAUUUGCCUUGAUUUAAGCAGGAUAUUUGCCCAUUUGAUUAGAGGCUGCAAAGGAGGAAGCUGUCGAGUUUGUUGAGCGGUGUUUUUCGGUGAAUUUCACCCAGAGAUUUCGACGAUUGACAAAUCUCCUGUGUUGUCGAACCAUCGAGGCUUUGCGAAGAUGUCCAGUCGAUUGUGGUAUCGCGAUUUGUCAAUUAGGGAGGACAGAGAGAAUCCUGAAGAGAGUGACGACUCAAGUGACGCAAGUGAAUCUGUCGUGAUGAGGUCAUCGAGUCCGCGAUUGACCGUCGAGGAGAUCGAAGCUCUGAUUCCCGCAUUCGAGCCAGGAAAGGAAGGAUCGCUUUUGGCCAGUGAGUGGCUGCGGAAAGUUGACAAUGUCGCAGCAUUGUAUGGCCUGAAACCUCAGCGCAUGCUUCUCACUGCAAUCAUCCGUCUCCAGGGCUCAGCUAAAGUCUGGUAUGAAGGGAAUGAAGUGAACAUCAGGGAUUACAAGCAUUUUAAGGUGGAGUUGACGAAGAACUUCCCUCAAAAGUUGACUGCUGCGGAUGUUCACAAAGUGCUCACGGGAAGGAAGAGAAGGAGCGAUGAAUCUGUGGAGACGUACUUCCAUGACGUGGUCAAGCAGGCCAGGCGUAUAAAACUCGAUGAUGCCUCAAUUCGGGAUUAUCUGAUCAACGGUGUGUCGGAUGUCCUGACGCGCGGGCUGCUCGCAGCUGCUCCACAAGGCCCUCUCACAGAUUUCUUGGUGUACAUGAAGAAAGUGGAGACGAACACCAAGAUGAAGGAGACGGAAGUGCAGCCGCAGUCUACGGAUGAUGAUUGUUCUGAUGCGAGUUCCGAUUCCUCAUCCAAGAAACAGUGUGGAGCGGAUGAUGGUGCACAAGAGACAUCUGAAGUCCAGGGAGAAUGUUCCAGGCAUUCGAGUGUCAACAGUGCCACUUCACUCCAGGGAAAGACGAAGAAGGACAAGGAAUCUAAGAACUCAGGGCAAUCUAAGCGAGUCUGCUUUGCUUGUGGAUCAAAGGAGCACCUCAUUCGGAGCUGUCCCAAGAUGAAGGGUCUGCGAGUGGCUGGUGGUGAUGAUCUUGGUGGAAACUCUUCCCAGCAGAAGUGAGUUCAGGGAAAUCGUGUGCGAUUUAAGGUGUAAUCAAUCGCAAGAAUGUGAAAUAAAGUUGAAUUCCGCUGAACUGGUUGUGCUGAAGAGUUGGUGUCACGGGAUUUGUGUGGGUCACUACUUGUCAAUAAAGGAGUUUGUUGAUGACGAGUGGACUGUGAUGCCGAUCUGAGGAAGCCAUGGAGAAUGAGCAAUCAUUUCUGGUUCUCGAGAGGCAAUUGAAUCUGAGGUGGCGCGUAAAUUGUGUAUGCGGGAAUUGCUCCACGAUUGAUCGCGCAAAGCUGUGCUGCGAUCAGAGCUGAACAUUUCCUGUGGAAACUUACACAAGUUGAGCACCUGCGGGAAUAAUUGGUCUAACAGGAACGUGUUUGCGUACACUAGUACUGGAUUAGAAAUUAUUCUUGUGGAUCCUGGUGCGAAUGUCUCACUUGCGAGGAUUGACGCUCUAACAGGGAAGUGUUUGCGUACACGAUCACUGGAUUAGAGGUCGUUCUUGAGGAUUCUAGUGAGAAGUGCUUCACCGGCGGGAUUGACACUAUCAGUAAGUGUUGUAUCACUUGAGCUGGAGUAGUGGAUCAUCCUGAGGAUACUGGUGGAAAGCAGACACAUGCGGGAGGAAACUGUCUAUCAGCAGAGUGUCAGGAGUGAUGCUCGUGCUGGAGUAGAAGUUUAUCCUGGGUCUUGUGUGCGUGGAGCGUGGUACGAGUGAUAGUAUCGCGUCACGUGAGUGAAUAAAGAGCGUUCGAAGAUUCUGGUGAAGUAUCAUCCAUCGGGUUGAUAUUUUCAGAGUAUCGGAUUAGCUCGCUGGUGAUAGUUAUUGCAUUACGGAGCCGUAGGGGUUGCGGGUGUCUGACUCUUGACCUGUGGCAAGGGUCGCCACAGCAUCAGUAUGGCCGAAUGUAGUAAUCUUAGCACUAUAAGAGGUGAUGAUACGAGCUAUCCGAUCGGCCGAAGUGUGCCAGAGUGUGAGCUCGGUAAGCUUCGCGCUUUUUGUGAGUCGGAUCCUCGGACAGUUGUCCGACGAAUUCCGACCGGAGCGGGUGUUUAACCGGACGGAUAGUUUUGUAAGAGAUGCGCCUCUUACAACGCGGGAAA